AUCUACGGCUCACUUCCUUUUCCUGACGCAAGUGCCCGGCAAGGCUGCUGCACGCCUUGUUUUAUUUGUGGCCGUUCUACAGCAAAACUGGAUUUUAUAACGAGUCAAAGUAGACAGACACACCGUAGUACACAUUUCACAAGGACGCAGAUUGACAGCAUCCUUCAGCAAUGUCUCGUUUCUUUGCCACCGGGUCUGACAGCGAGUCAGAGGAGUCCUCGUCCGCCGAUGAGAUCACCCCUAAAGCACCCGGGACGACUUUCAAGCAGUCGCUGCUGAUUAGUGACGAUGAGGAGGACACGAAGAGAAUUGUGCGGAGCGCCAAAGACAAAAGGUUUGAGGAGUUGACCAACCUUAUCAAGACUAUCCGCAAUGCAAUGAAGAUUCGUGAUAUGGCAAAAUGUCUGGAAGAAUUUGAGCAGUUAUGUCGAGCUUUCCUCAAAAGCAAGACUAUAGUGGACAAAGAGGGGGUUCCCCCUUUCUAUAUUCGUCUUCUGGCCGACUUGGAAGACUAUCUGAACCAGCUAUGGGAGGAUAAAGAGGGCAAGAAGAAGAUGAACAAAAACAACGCCAAAGCCCUUAGUACACUGCGUCAGAAGAUCCGCAAGUACAACAGAGACUACGAAACUGAAAUAGCUUCAUACAAAGAGAACCCACAGGAGUCUGCAGAUGAAGAGGAGGAGAAGGAGGCUGGGGAUUCUGGCUCUUCCUCUGACAGCGAUGGAGAGGGAGAGGAUGGAGUCUCAGCCAAGGCCUUUUUAAAGAAAAAGCCUGAGCCUACCCCGGACGCCAGCAAGUUCCUCAAGUCUGCAAAGGGAUCCGGGGAUGAGUCCUCCUCUAGUGACGAUGACGAAAAUGAAGACUGGGGCUCAGACACUGUCGACAGCGGGAGCGAGAGCUCGGAUGACGGGGAUGAGAAGAGCUCCUCCCUGGCCUUGGUCUUCCUCAAGAAGACUCAGGACUCUGAUAAGAGCGAGAAGAGGCUGGCGAAGCGAAAGAAGCCCAAGAAGAAAGAGCGGCUGGAGGAAGAGGGCGAGGAGGAGGGAGGAGAGGAGGUGGAGGGAGGCUGGGAGAAGGUGAAAGGAGGCGCUCCUAUGGUCAAGGAAAAGCCUAAGAUGUUCGCCAAAGGCACAGAGAUCAACAUUCCUGUUGUAGUGAAGAAGCUGAACGAGAUCCUGCAAGCAAGAGGCAAAAAGGGCACAGACAGAGCCGCUCAGAUUGAGCUGCUCCACGCUCUGGCAGCCAUCGCCCUCGAGAAUAACCUCGGUCAAGGUAUCAUGGUCAAGAUCAAGUUUAACAUCGUCGCCUCCUUGUACGACUACAACCCCAACCUGGCGGCGUUCAUGAAGCCCGACAUGUGGAAGAAGUGUCUGGACUGCAUCGACGAGCUGCUCGACAUCCUCUUCGAACACAACAACAUCUUCAUCGGGGAAAACAUCGCAGAGGACAGUGAGAAUCUGGCAGUCUCCGACCAGCCAUUCAGGGUUCGUGGAUGUAUCUUAACAUUGGUAGAAAGGAUGGAUGAAGAGUUUACCAAGAUCAUGCAGAACACCGAUCCCCACUCGCAAGAAUAUGUGGACAAUCUGAAAGACGAGGGACAUGUUUGUGGCAUCAUCGACCGGCUGCUCAACUACAUGGAGAACAAGGGCAGCACAGAGGAGAUAUGCCGCAUCUACCUGCGCAGAAUCAUGCACACCUACUACAAGUUUGACUACAAGGCCCACCGGCGCAGCCUGGGGCUCCAGGGAGAGACCAAGUCCGAGCAGGACCAGGAGGAGAGUGAGGGGGAGGACAGCGCCGUCAUCAUGGACCGCCUCUGCAAGUUCAUCUACGCCAAGGAUCGCACUGACCGCAUCCGCACCUGUGCCAUCCUCUGCCACAUCUACCACCACGCUCUGCACUCCCGCUGGUACCAGGCGCGAGACCUGAUGCUGAUGAGUCACCUGCAGGACAACAUCCAGCACGCCGACCCGCCCGUACAGAUUCUGUACAACAGAACCAUGGUGCAACUCGGCAUUUGCGCCUUCAGGCAGGGCAUGAUCAAAGACGCCCACAACGCGUUGCUGGACAUCCAGUCGUCCGGCCGUGCCAAGGAGCUGCUGGGUCAGGGUUUGCUCAUGAGGAACAUGCAGGAGAGGAACGCUGAGCAGGAGAAGAUUGAGAAGAGGAGACAAGUGCCCUUCCACAUGCACAUCAACCUGGAGCUGCUGGAGUGUGUGUAUCUGGUGUCGGCCAUGCUGCUGGAAAUCCCCUACAUGGCCGCACACGAGUUUGAUGCCCGCCGCAGGAUGAUCAGCAAACAGUUCCACCACCAGCUCAGGGUGGGAGAGAGACAGCCGCUUCUAGGUAUGAAACAAAGCAUGAGGGAGCACGUGGUGGCAGCCAGCAAGGCCAUGAAGAUGGGAGACUGGCGUACCUGCCACUCGUUCAUCAUCAAUGAGAAGAUGAACAGUAAAGUCUGGGACCUGUUUCCUGAGACGCAGCGAGUACGGGAGAUGCUCGUCAGGAAGAUCCAAGAGGAGUCGUUGAGGACUUACCUGUUCACGUACAGCAGUGUGUACGACUCCAUCAGGAUGGAGACCCUGUCUGAGAUGUUUGAGUUGGAGAUACCUACAGUUCACAGCAUUAUCAGCAAGAUGAUCAUCAAUGAGGAGUUAAUGGCAUCACUCGACCAGCCCACACAGACGGUGGUGAUGCACCGCACAGAGCCCACCUCCCUGCAGAACAUGGCCCUGCAGCUGGCUGAGAAACUGGGCAGCUUGGUGGAGAACAACGAACGCGUCUUUGACCUCAAACAGGGCGUCUAUGGAGGCUACUUCAACAGAGAUCAGAAAGGUGGCUACCAACAAAAGCAAUCCUACCAGAGAGAUCAAAAAGGUGGUUAUCAGCAGAAUAAGGGGGGCUACCAAGGGGGCUACCAAGGAGGCUACCAAGGGGGCCACCAAGGAGGAUACCAAGGGGGCCACCAAGGAGGCUACCAAGGGGGCCACCAAGGUGGCUACCAAGGUGGCUACCAAGGGGGCUACCAAGGGGGCUACCAGAGAGGCGGCUACAGAAAUCAAAACCAAGGCAACUACUGAGCUAGGAACCUGGAGAUUUCUCUACCGUGUCCUGAAACUAGUCUUCAUUCCAUAACAAUGACAAAAAGUAACAACUUGUGUUCCUGUGCUCUGUGAUUGGCCGCUCUCCUUAUUUGACUCCAAGCUGCUUUCUGCUGAUCCUGAAACAGCUGAAUGCUAUGGCAGUGUGUGCGCAAGCCCAUCAGCACUGUAACUGCAAGUGUGGUGUUUCAGUAAGUGAAGAGUUUUAAGGUUAUUAUUGACAAUAGAAAAUUUUGCAAUGUGACUGGCUUUCAGCAGUACAGUCAAGAAACAUGUUAAGUAUAGUUGACUUAUACUUAUCCAAUAAACGAUCAUAAACAGUG